CGAGCUGCGGGCGCCAGGGAGCUUCUGGCUAGACGCGCCCCUGCACAGCCCCGGGAGCCUGCGCAAGUCUGAUCGCCCACAGGAGUGCUCGCACGGCAGCCGUGGAGGCACUGCUGCGCGUCCCCGGGGGCACCCGAGCAGCGGCCGUGAGAGGGACAGCGCGCGCUCCCCAAAUGCCGGCACUGCUGCUCUUAGAAACUUGGCAUCUUUCUCUUACUAACUCCUCUUCCUUCUCUCCCAACUCCCCCUCCAGGUAUAAAGGCAGAGAGGAAAAGCCAAAACCAAAAAUAAAUACAAAGCUCUCCAGCCAACUCCCCAGUAGCAGCCGACUUCACUUUGCUGGGAAACGUGUUUCCCAACCUCAGAAUUUGGGGAGCGGGCGGUUGGGGGGAGACCAUAAUGGGAGUGGGCAAGGAUAAGAAAUUUGCUACGAAGCCGCGUUUGCAUAACAUGCGCUUGGCUUUUGUUUCCAUUGUGUGUUUAUCUGGGUUGAUGGGGCUCUUUGAGCGGUAGGUCUUGGGGUGGAAGCUGCUUUAGCAGAGCUAGCCGACUUGUUUUUCCUAGAUUGUACGGCACAAAUCAAUAAUGACGUGUUCUAAAGCUACCGAACUUUAAAUCAUAUUAUUACCGUGUUUAUUUGGGGGGCUGUUGUAAAUGAUGGGGAGCCUAAGUCCCCAAGUCGCCCCCCCCCCUUACGAGAUGAGCCCUGCAAUCUCCCCGCCGCCUCCACCUUCCGCCCGCCGAGAUUUCAACGAGCCGCGGCAACCAUCCACCAAGACCGGAGGAACUGAGCCAUUUUCUUGCUUGCCUGUCGGAGACAAUUCACCUGGGGGCGGGGAAAGGGGGUGCAACUCGCAGGAAGCUCCAACUCUUAGGAUGGAUGCCCGGGGAAGCGGACCUGGGGGUUUACCUCUAAGAGUUUGCCCUGAGAUGCAUGUGAUGGGGACUGGGGCGAGAGGUUGAUUAAAAAAUGUUCUUCCCUUUUUAAAAAGGGGAGGGGGGAAGAAUCAGACGUUAAAUUCUUUUGCAAACAUUCAUGCCUAAGGAAGGGCUGGAACAGGCAGCCCCGGCCGCCGGAACCGGUCGGACAGGUAGCGAGCUUGUUGACACCGUUAUGUUGCAGGGCGCAUGCUCACUCCCAAGUUUCCUGGUGCCUUUUCUAUUCCACCUUAUGAAACUUUUUCCUCGGCGUGGUCUCACCCGCGAUUUAAGGCAUAGGUGUCGCGGAGCCUGGAGGCUGGGAGUCGCCGGGCGUGCGGGGGAGAGGCCUGGGCCGCGCCGCGGCGGGGGGCGGAGGGAGAGGGCAGGCUAGGCGGGAAGGUGGGCUCUGGCCGCCGGGAGCUGGGGAUCGAGUCCCUGCCGCAGUUUCUAGCGGGGAGCAGCCGGGAGGAGGGGGCCGCCGGCCGGGGAGGGGGCCACGCCAUGCCCAAAGUCUUCCUGGUGAAGAGGAGGAGCCCGGGGGUCUCCGUCCGCAGCUGGGAUGAGCUCCCGGAUGAGGAAAGGGCAGACACCUACAUCCCAGGCGCGGAGAUUGGGACCGAGGAGCCGCCCCCCAAAUUCCGUGCUCGCUCCGGAGGCCCAGCCGGGGACUCGCUCGUCCACCCCCGCGUGUUGCCCACUUGGCCAGUGGGCCUGGGCCGUCUGCUCCACGACCCCCCCGAGGACUGCCGCAGCGACGGCGGCAGCAGCAGCAGCAGCGGCGGCAGCAGCAGCGCGGGGGAGCCUGGAGGCGCCGAGAGCAGCUCGUCCCCGCGCGCCCCCGAACGCGAAAUCUCCGAGCCCGGCGACGCCGAGGGCCCGGGCGGACACCUGGCGGCGAUGCAGCGCCCGGUCGCCAGGUCGAAAAUCAAGUUCACCACAGGCACGUGCAGCGACCCCGCGGCCCACAGCUGCGAGCUGUGCGGCAAGGCCUUCCGCCUGCAGCGCAUGCUCAACCGGCACCUCAAGUGCCACAACCAAGUGAAGAGGCACCUGUGCACCUUCUGUGGCAAGGGCUUCAAUGACACCUUUGACCUGAAGAGGCACGUCCGCACGCACACAGGCAUUCGCCCCUACAAAUGUGACAUCUGCAACAAAGCCUUCACCCAGCGCUGCUCCUUGGAGUCCCACCUGAAGAAGAUCCACGGGGUGCAGCAGCAGUAUGCCUACAAGCAACGCCGGGACAAGCUCUACGUCUGCGAGGAUUGUGGCUACACGGGCCCCACCCAGGAGGACCUGUACCUGCACGUGAACAGUGCCCACCCAGGCAGCGCCUUUCUCAAAAAGACGUCCAAAAAACUAGCGGCUCUUUUGCAAACCAAGCUGAUGUCCAUGCGCCCAGGGAAUGCCAACCUGAGCGAGGAGGAGGAGAAGUGAGGAGGAGGAGGCAGCCAGAGCUGCUGUGUUUACAGGGAUUUGGGGUUUUGAAGGCUCCCCCAACCCCACUUGGGUUCAGUUCAUCCCUCUGCCCUUCCAGGGCGGAGGCGGAGCUGGGGGAUCUGUUCCAAGGGUCAUCAGUGAGAAUCGUGGUGGCAGGUCCCCUGUAACCCACAUCCUGUUGACAGUCACAUUAACAAAAGUUUGUGGAUGGUCACGAUCACUGUAAGGCAUUUUUCUUUCUUUCUCUCUCCUUUUCUUUUUUUUUUUUUUUUUUUUUUUGGGAUUUUCACAUGUGGAGGCCGAGGUGUUCUUAGAGAGACUCAUUUUAUGGUGCCUUGAAAUAAAAGUACUUCCACUUGC